GUCUGGGUAAAUAAAGCCGAAACGACGGCGGUGGCGGCGGUGAGCACGCUGGAGCCCGCGCGGAGAACAUGCGGCGGGGAUGGGAGUGCGCCUAGCCUCGACGCGGGAGAGCCAGCCGCCCUGCCGCCGGCCGCGGGCCCCUCCGUCACAGAACCCGAGCCCUGCGGAGCUCCCGGCGGCCCGGCCCCGAGGCGCUGCGGCUGCCGCACGCGCCCCUGCCAGCCCGCACCAUGAACACGAUCGUCUUCAACAAGCUCAGCGGCGCCGUGCUUUUUGAGGACCGAAGCGCUCCGGAGCGGGAACGGGGCAGCCGGCCCUACGGCGGCGUCCUGGACAGUCCCCACGCCCGCCCCGAGGUGGGCAUUCCGGACGGUCCUCCCCUCAAGGACAACCUCGGCCUGCGACACCGGAGGACCGGGGCCCGGCAGAAUGGCGGGAAGGUGAGGCACAAGCGGCAGGCCCUGCAAGACAUGGCGCGGCCCCUUAAGCAGUGGCUUUACAAGCACCGUGACAACCCGUACCCCACCAAGACGGAGAAGAUACUCUUGGCGCUCGGCUCGCAGAUGACGCUAGUGCAGGUGUCAAAUUGGUUUGCUAAUGCAAGACGUCGGCUUAAGAACACUGUUCGACAGCCAGAUUUAAGCUGGGCUUUAAGAAUAAAGUUGUACAACAAGUAUGUUCAAGGAAAUGCUGAGCGACUUAGUGUCAGCAGUGAUGACUCAUGUUCUGAAGAUGGAGAAAAUCCUCCAAGAAACCACAUGAAUGAAGGGGGCUAUAAUAAUCCAGUUCACCAUCCUGUGAUUAAAAGUGAGAGCUCAGUCAUAAAAGCUGGAGUGAGGCCAGAGUCACAGGCCAACGAGGACUACGUGUCACCCCCAAAAUACAAGAGCAGCUUGUUGAACCGUUACCUUAACGACUCUUUGAGACAUGUCAUGGCCACAAACGCUGCCAUGAUGGGAAAAACAAGGCAAAGAAACCAUUCGGGAUCUUUUAGUUCCAAUGAAUUUGAGGAAGAAUUGGUGUCUCCCUCGUCAUCAGAACCUGAAGGCAACUUUGUCUAUCGCACAGACACUCUGGAAAAUGGAUCCAAUAAAGGUGACAGUGCAGCUAAUCGAAGGGGACCGAGCAAGGACGACACGUACUGGAAGGAGAUCAAUGCAGCGAUGGCCUUGACAAAUCUUGCACAGGGAAAAGACAAGCUGCAGGGGACCACCAGCUGCAUCAUCCAGAAGUCGUCCCAUAUAGCAGAAGUCAAGACGGUCAAAGUGCCCCUGGUCCAGCAGUUUUAAGAGUUUGUCACUUUUCCGAUCAACGGCUGUUCUUCACGUCAGUGUUUUUCACAAAUCCUCAUCCUGAGAGCCGAAGCAGGAGUGACAAUGACUCCCUUUCACACCUCUUCUUAUGUCUAAUUAUCCUAAAUAUAUCAUUUAGUUGCUUCUGUAAAAGACAUAUAAAUUAUAAAAAAACCUCACUUCAAUCAAAAAUAUUAACUUAUUUUAUGUUACUCAAACUAUGCGUAAAAUGUCUGCAUUGCCAUUACAGUAAGUGCCUUGCUUCCCGAAAAUGAGCUACAACGUGGGCAUAGGAGAGCAGCUAUGCCUCAAGAUGAAACGCCAUACUGCUUAUUAGGCUGUGCGUCUCAUUCCAGAUGGACCUAACCAUUCCAGGACUGAAACCAGACUUGCCGAAAGCCCUUGAAAUGUAUUCAAUAAUUCACAUGUUAAAACUUGGAAAUCUAUUCAGCCCAAAUGAAAUGUUCCUUUAAAAAAAAAAUUUCUGCAGUAUUUAAAAUUGUUCAGUGUGCUUUUCAGAGUGACAGUGAGAAUUUUAUGCAUGUCUCUUGCCUGCAUAUCUGAUAUGUUACAAACUUCCGAAAUGAAAGGUACAGUGAUCACAUAAUGUGUACAUUUAAGAAGAGUCGCAAUGAAUACAUUGUGAUCAGAAAAACUUUUUCCAAGAGCUGCUGGAAAAACACCACAAUGCCCUUUAGAAUUGAUUUGGAUUUUCUUUUUCUCAUGUUUUGCUGAAGUUUUUAAAAACUUUAUUAGAUAAGGAACUCGAAAUUUUCCUGUGUAGAAUUAAAUCUGUAGUUUAGUUUUAAAACAUAAUCCUGUUUGCAUUAGAGUUCCAUGUUUUUUGUGGUGGAAACUUUUUCGUAUGGAAUGGCUAAAAGCCUUUUAUUUGGUUCAUUUCAAAUUACAAUUGCUGAUGGACAAUUUCUAUUGCAUGAGAACAAGACAAUGAAAGAAAUGUAUUUCUAUGUGAAUAUACAUAUACACACAUAAAAUUGAUUUUUAAAUUUAAAACAUAUGGAAAACAAAACAUUGAACAGUCUCUGAAUUUUGUCAAGUAAGACAUUAAAAAUUAUGUGAAAUCAUGCAUUCAAAGAAAGAACAUUUUGUUUCUAAAUUAGACUAUCAUUGAGUGAGAAUAAUCAAUAUCAAGAAAGAAUAUCUUUUUCAAUCAAACAAUAAUAUUCUAAUCAGCUUGGGGAGACCUGAAACUUGAAUAAACAGUGGAGAUGCCAAAUAUAACAGAGUAUGUGUGCUACAGAGAAGUAAAAAGGAUUUGACUCUUUUAUGGUGGGAUGUUUUUUCUGGGUAUGUAAUCUAUUUUGUAAUUUUUUUUUAAAACUGGAAAGCAUUUUUGUGAGUGUGAGUGAGAGCCAAUAGUGCAGCCAUGUGGUGACAUUUUUCUUUAUUUUGCAAAAUGCUUUUAAAACCAAAGGCUGCUCUAGUUGCUAUAUGGACAAUAUCAGUCUUGAUAUAAACUGUAGGACACUUUUUUUCAUGUAACAUAGCAUUUGGGGCUUGGGUUUAUUUAGUGUAAUGAAGAUAAUUUGAUAUAAAAAUAUUUUGUAUAUAUAUAUUUUUACUUUGUUUUUUAAAUUGCUGUUUGCAGUAACAGUAAGUGCGAAGCAAGAUAUGUAAGUUAUGACUGUAUGAUCAGAUGAAGUAUGAGUUCUUUUGGCUUAUAUCAUUAAGUAGUUACAGAUCUAUGAUAAAAACUUUGGAAUCUUUAUAAAACAGUUUUGCCAAAAUGUGAUCAUGUCAAUGAAAACUAAGGACAAGUACUUCACUUUUUCAUACUAUUAUAAGUUAUUCUGGUAUUAAAUAUUUUAAUAAAAUUGUUUUUGUUUUGACAUAUUUCAGUUAGAGGAAUGGA